UUAAAUAUUUUUUUUCAUUCUUUUUGUUUCUCCAGUGUACUGGAAUCCAUACUCAAAAAGUCAUAAGGAAGAAGUCCAUGGAGCUGGAAGAGCUGGCUGAAUACUUUUUGGAGAAGACUAAAGUUUUAAAGAAAUGUCUAUUGCUGCGAAACAUGGAUAGUUCAUCCAUGAAUGUGAUCCAGUCCAUCCAAGAAUAUAUUAUCCAGUUGAAAAACUUGAUGUUGAAAAUGCGUGAAGAGGUAGAUUACAUCCAGAAGAACCUUAAAAACUAUGAAGAACUUCAGAAGAAGCUUCAGGAACUGGAUCAGAGAUUGGAUUAUUGCAAUCAGAAUAUCCCACUAGCUCUAGUGCAGCAGCUCUCUUCAUUAACUAGAUUGGAAAUGGAGAAGGUUAAAGAUCAGAUACCCAAGGAAGAAGCAUUAGGAGUUAAACCAAAAAAAAACCCAUUCUUCAAGUACCUAAUGUAUAUCACAUAACACCUGACGAAUUUAGCGGUGUACC